AGUCCUGGCCCAGCUCCCUGGAGAGGCAUCCGCAUCCUCUGGGCUGAGCCGUAGCUCCUGUGACGCUGACUUCCAGGCAUGAGGUGGCUCCUGCCCUGGACGCUGGCAGCCGUGGCAGUCCUGAGGGUGGGCAACAUCCUGGCCACGGCCCUCUCUCCAACCCCCACAACAAUGACCUUCACCCCAGCACCACUAGAGGAAACGACUACACGCCCCGAAUUCUGCAAGUGGCCAUGUGAGUGCCCACAAUCCCCACCUCGCUGCCCACUGGGCGUCAGCCUAAUCACAGAUGGCUGUGAAUGCUGUAAGAUAUGUGCCCAGCAGCUUGGGGACAACUGCACAGAGGCUGCCAUCUGUGACCCACACCGGGGCCUCUACUGCGAUUACAGUGGGGAUCGCCCGAGGUACGCAAUAGGAGUGUGUGCACAGGUGGUCGGUGUGGGCUGUGUCCUGGAUGGCGUACGCUACACCAAUGGCGAGUCCUUCCAACCCAACUGCAGGUACAACUGUACCUGCAUUGAUGGCACGGUGGGCUGCACACCGCUGUGCCUAAGCCCCAGGCCCCCACGCCUCUGGUGCCGCCAGCCCCGGCACGUGAGAGUCCCUGGCCAGUGCUGUGAGCAGUGGGUGUGUGAUGAUGACGCAAGGAGACCACGCCAGACUGCACUGUUGGACACCAGAGCCUUUGCAGCGUCAGGCGCCGUGGAGCAACGGUAUGAGAACUGCAUAGCCUACACUAGUCCCUGGAGCCCCUGCUCUACCACCUGUGGCCUAGGUAUCUCCACUCGGAUCUCUAACGUCAAUGCCCGGUGCUGGCCAGAGCAGGAAAGUCGCCUCUGCAACCUGCGGCCAUGUGAUGUGGACAUCCAACUACACAUCAAGGCAGGGAAGAAAUGCCUGGCUGUGUACCAGCCAGAGGAGGCCACGAACUUCACUCUCGCAGGCUGUGUCAGCACACGCACCUACCGACCCAAGUACUGCGGAGUCUGUACUGACAAUAGGUGUUGCAUCCCCUACAAGUCCAAGACCAUCAGUGUGGAUUUCCAGUGUCCAGAGGGGCCAGGUUUCUCCCGGCAGGUCCUAUGGAUUAAUGCUUGCUUCUGCAACCUGAGCUGCAGGAAUCCUAACGAUAUCUUUGCUGACUUGGAAUCUUACCCUGACUUCGAAGAGAUUGCCAAUUAGGUGGGUGUGUGGCUCAGGGUAAAGUUCCAUGCUGCAAAGCAGCCAGCCCUUUGUGGUCCAGGACUUCACAAUUGAGCCUUAUUUCAUCUACUUCCUACUCGAUUCUGAAUUCCCAGUUUCUGUUCCUGUUUUGACAAUCGUAAUGGCCCAGGAGAGUGCUGCUCAGGCUCAGACAAUGGGUUCCUCCUUGGGGACAUUCUACAUCAUUCCAAGGAAAACACAUCUCUGACUGUUCACAAUGGAAGCAAAGCCUGGCCCAGCUAGUCUGGCUCCAGCCUGGGCAAGUUGUCAGAAGUUGUGAUGGGAUUGUCCAAGGAAAAGCAUCAGCUGAAGAACCAGUAUCAUGAAGUCCUUCCUCAGAUGCCAAGCCUAGGGAUGCUGGGAUCCUUUCAGACAGAUGGAUGGGAUUGGGGACACAGGAAUAAGCUAUUAUUUUACCCUUGCCAAAUGAUACUAUCCUGGGUAUUUCUGCCUAAAACAUACCAAAAGUGUUCUUGUUCCACUGAUCUGUAUAUCACAAGUCACCAAACAUUUUCCAGGUGAGGACCAUAGUUGUGUCAUUCUGUUUUGCUAUUGAAAAUCAUUUUAAAAAGAAGGAAAAAAAAAAAAGAAAAGAAAAGAAAGUCAUUUCAUUAACUUGGGCACUUUCUCCUCUCACCCCAUAUUCUAUAAAGGGCUAAACUUGGGUUCUUGUUGAUCAGGAAUGUAAUUUGAGAAGUCUUACUUUUGCAGGGAGAUGGUAGCCCUCAAUUCAUCCCGUAGGGAUGGGACAAGGCCAGCCAAUCUUUCAAGCCAUAGCUGGGCAGGUCACUGAAUCUGCUGCUGGCCAAGUUCUUAGGACAAUUAGCCAAAAUCUGGGCCUCUCUCUCCCUAGGGUUCAUGGGAGUUGGUAGGGACCGUAGAGUGACUUGUCUGUUGUCUCAAAAAGUAAGAUGGAAAGAUGUUCUCAUGGCCCUUAGAAGACUCUUUUGAAGUCUACGCCAGACCUAACAGAAUAUGUGCAUCAAACAAACAAGUGGAUCACCCUCCCAUGGCCUGGGUGACCUCUAGCAGUCACCCAGUGACUGUGGUAAGGCCACAGUAGUCCCUGGACCCAGGACAAAUCUUUUUUGUUUCAGUGACCUACUUUACAGCCUCAGUGUCUAUGAAGAAAGUUAACUCAGUUUUCUCAUCUGAAGACAGAAGUCGACCAGCCAUUCAGAAAUGGGGAUCUAUUUAGUAGUGGUAAACGUUAAAGAGUUUGUAAGCUAAAGAAAUAUUUUUUUUCCUAAGUGAUAAUGAGGUUGUUACCUAUUUUAGAGGUAGAAUUUUCUGUCAUCAUCCUUUUAUUGUGUUCUACAUACUACCCAUUGUUCUCAAUAUUUGCCACACAUUUACUCAUUGAAACUUGCUGAUAACACAGAGGACUUCCCUUAAUGAUUUCUGUUCUUGACACUGUGAAAUAUCAAUUCAAAGAGGCUAAUAAGUUCAAUCAAAGUCACCUAUCUGAAGACUCAUAGCCAGAGAAGAUUGCCUUCAUAUUUCCCCUUUGCUUCUGGACCUUGUAAACAUGUCAGGGCAGGAAAGCAUACAGAAGUCAGCAGCUUGCCCUCUUAGUAUUGGCUCUCUAGCCCCUUUCACGUAAGAGGAGAGUGUGUCUAGGUACUAAGGAUCCAACCUAAACUGGACAGAAAAGGGCAUGUGCAUUAUCCCCUGUGGCUCCUCCUGCCCUGGAAUCAGAACUAGCUUACAGCAUGCUUUUAUAUGAUGAUUCAGUUUGCCCCACACCAUACAUAUGGGCAUAUGGGAGAACUAUACACACACUCAUAAAUGGAUUUGUAAGUAGGAAAGGGGACUUGAGAUUUCCCCUCCUUCCUGCAACUUCCCAAAGGCCUGGCCUUAUGCAAGGCAAACAGUGGUGCUUAAGAUGUAUUUUGGGAAGAAAAUACUAUAUAUAUAUAUUCCUAUUUUUCCUUAGAAGCCUUUUCUUCCAGGAUCUCAUCUUAACAGUAAGAAAUCCUCUCUUAAGAGAGGCCUAGUAUUUUGAGUAAACAUAUGUUCAUAUGUGUACAAGUACUUGUAUGUAAAUAUAAGUUACCACUGUGGGUUAUUAAUUAGGUAAAUUUUAUGUGGUAUCAUAUUUGAUUUUCUUCUAUUGGAAAAAUCUGCCUUAACAGCUAACUCUGUAAGAACUUCCAUAGGAGCCAUAAGCUAGGGUCUUCCCAGGUAUCCAUCCUCUUUUGGGAAACUGAGCUGAGCAUCUUCAACCAAAGGAGUUAGGGUGAUCAUUGGGAAUAGGAGAAAGGGAUGGCCAGGGUAGCUCCAUCGUUAUUUAGAAACAGACCUGGCAUACAGAACGACCAGAGGAACCAACCUUCUUUGAACCAAGGGAAAAAGACUUGGAUGUAAUAUAUAGAAGCUUUUUCUAAUAGUCAGAAACAGACUUUAAUUGUAUGGCCUGGUUCAAGGAAAGUUAAGAAUGUCCAUUAUCGUUAAAAACAAAAGUCCAUUAUUGAUAGCUUAUUUGGUGCUAAGCCCUACGGUGCAUUUUGUCCGGCUAUCACUUAGCAGAGCCAUGCUCAGUACACAGUCUUUCUCUAUUCAAUAAAUAGAAACGCUGAAGCUCAAAGGCACUGAGGAGCUGAGGCUCAGAAGCAUGUUUAGUCCACUCUAUCAGGGGGGGAAGAGAUCUUGACGGAACCUAAAUGACUACUAUUGGAAACUCAUAUUUGAAAGCUUUCAGAAGUCCCACCCCCACCCCAUCCCCAGAUGCUUAGAAACUAAAGAAGCAAUGAGGAUGAGCUAGCCUUCAGUGAAGAGGUUCACUACUGCACCAAGAGUGAAUGUCUUAGGUGUACUUAGUCAUUGGACAGGGAGACCUGAGUGAGUUUGUGAACCUGCAGCUUACUAAACCUUACAAUGAGCAUUUGGAGAGCCAAGACUGCUUCUCGGCGCUUUACUGACAUGGCUUGCUUAAUCUUCUCAGUGAGCCCAAGAGUCAGGGCGUUACCACUGCCCAUUUUAGGGCUGAGAAAGCAAAAUCUCCAGGAGUUAAGUGAUUUGCUCAAGUUUUUAACCAACCGAGGCACUGCAGAUAAACUCCGAAGCCCAGUGUCAUGUAACAUGCCCAUGCCAUCUCUCCGGACACGCAGCCCAUUUUCCUGUUCCUAAACCAAAGGCUCAGAGUCACCAGAACCAACUCACAGGACAGUGCAGAAAUUCUAAUGUCGAGGGUGAUUAGAGACUGAUCAAAGAAAGUAAUUUCAAAUGAUAUGAUUGUUUGUAAGCACCCUAGUUAAUUCUGGACUACAUAUGCAUAGAGAUUGUGAAGAACAUUACAGCCUGUGACUAUAACGUUGACUUCUGUCAUUUCUUUUUAAAGACUUGUUUUUUUUUUUUUACUCAAAGGACCCACAGUGACAGCCCUGAAUGGUUGAGAAGCAUUGAUUAGCUGUGAGUCCUGCAUAUGUAUGUAUGUGUGUGUGUGUGUGUGUAUUUGUAUGUACUUAUCUAUUUUCAAACUGUGAUUGUGUAUUUAAAUAUUCCUCCUGCCAUUUUGUAAGUGAUUACGCAUAAAGAAACACCUUUGAAUGUCCUAAUAAAGGAGAGCUAGCCCUUGGGCGGCCUGUCACAUUUUGCCACUUUCCUCAUUUUUCUCAUGAUCUGUGUAGCAGGGAAUGUGUUUGUUCAACCAUGAUGAGUUUUCAUUGUUCAAAUUCUUUGUUUACAGCUUUUCUCCUUAAAGCAAUAAAUCAUCAGCAACAGUAA